CUGCAAAAAGAAAGAUGGCCGACAUGUAAACAAUUUUUGCUGGCAAGGUAACAGGAAAUAGAAAACCAGGCAACAAGAGUAUAAAGGAUGGGGAGUACAGCAUCUAAAAAUAAAACCAGCCCCCAACAAAGGUUCCUGAUUGGCUCUUUGACCAGGAAGUCUGAUCUUGACCAGAAAUUGUACGAAUUGAGUUACACUUGUCUGAAUUCUACAAAUUUAACAGAUAACAGAGAAAUUAAGCAAAAUGGAAAAAAUGCGAAACAGAUCAGCGAAAGACAGAUGCCCGAACGUCAAGGUGCACAUGGUGACCAAUCCGAGGGGAGUAGACUUUCGUAUAAAAAAGAAGAUGAAAAAAGUUCAUCUGAAAAUGUUAGCUAUAUCAACAGUGAUUGUGAUGGUGCAUCCUCCAGAGAGACAACCUGUCCCAAUUUAUUUUUGCCGAUCCUUGGCUCCAAAAAGCUUGUUUGUACGCAGACAUAUGUUGCAUGGCGAUCAAUAAUGGACCUGGAAAAGAUUAAGGUACUGUUGUUAAAGAAGAGGACUAUAUACCUUGUGCAGGUUGAUGACUUUCCUGACUUUCUUAGUAAUUUUCGUAUCCAAUUUGAUUCAGAGGAAAUGACAAUUUUUGAUUUAGCACAGAAAUUUCUUGAAGCAUUCUUCACAGGUAUGACUGUCAAAUGGAUUGAAAGUAUAUCUAUAACAGAGAGAAAAUGGAACAUCACAUCACGACAUCAUAAAAAGACUGGCAAAUUUCAAUAUCUUGUGACAGAUUUCUUUCCAUUGCUUCCAAAAGUUUGUCCAAAUGAUGGAUAUUGUAUAAUGGGGUUGAUAUGGGCAGACCUCUACCCAAAAGAAGAACUGAAUUUUGUGUUAGGGGAGGCACACAACCAGUUCAAGUCAGGGAUGGUCAGUUUUGGACGAUUUGAGCCGAAGUCUUACGAUGAAGAAACACACCAAGAUGUUACAGCAAUCACUGCAGAGGUUAUGUGGAAGUUAUUAAAGUGCCUGAGCCAUGAACUUUGUCACCUGUUUGGAAUGGCACAUUGUGACUUUUUCAGCUGUACCAUGAACGGAAGUGGUUCAGUGAAAGAAGCCAUGGACCAGCCAUUGUUUUUGUGUCCAGUGUGUGUCAGAAAACUCCAACAUAUAUGUAAAUUUGAUAUUUUAGAAAGAUACCAGAAAAUGGAACAGUUUCUAGUGGUGAUCAGCAGAAAAUUUCCAUCAGAGAAUUGGGAUAAGUCUCUAGUUUGGAUAAAGAACUGUCUGAAAUAUUUACAAACAACUGUAACAUAUCUUUAGUAAUUGUUGAUUUAUAUAUAAUUGUUAUGGCCGUUGCUGUGAUUUAGGCCAUUUCUGUUGAGACACUAUGGUUUUGUGUAAUGGGUAAAGGCUAAACAAAGCUUGGACAUAGUCACCUAUAGUAGUCUGUUUAUAAUUCUAUUAAUUUAGACAGUUCAACAAUUUUGAUGACUGCAAAUUGUUAAGACUAGAAUAAGUGAAAACAAUUCCCAGUAGAUUAUAUUACCUCCUAAUAUGGAUUGAAAAAUUUUACCUGAAAUCUCAUGGUAUUUAAACCUUUGUAGAGAAAACUGGUGUGGGUUCUCACCAGCCUUCUCUAGAAGACUAAUGAAUGCUCCCGUAUCCCAAAACCCAUACAAUGUAGUGACAAGUACUCACGUGUAGUGGCUGUAUGUAUACAUUGCGGGGUUCAGGAUCAAAGAGCCGCUCUCUGACACCCCGCGGGAUUAAAUACUAGCUCAUGUGCGAAAUGAGUUCAAACCAAGGGAGAUAACUCCCCCGAUUUUCACUACACCUUUUAUUGAAUUGUAUUUUGUUAAAACUUCAAUUACAUGGUAUUGAAUUUAUCAGUGAAUUUUGUUAAUUAUCACCCAAUAUGGAUCUAGAACUUUUAUCAGAAAUUCAAUGGUCAAUUCAAAUUAAAUCAGUUUUAAAAGUCA